UUCUCGAUUUUCACAAGAACAGAGAUCAUCUCGGUUCCUAACGCUCCCUCCCACUCCCCCAAACCCCCAAAUCCGCAUCGAUGGGUUGUUGCUUCACUACCCCCGCCGCCGACGACCCGCCCGACGACGCCACCGCCACCGGCACCGGAACCGCCACCGGCACCGUCACCGCCACCGUCACCAACGUCAACCUCCCUCAUCAGCUCCCCACCGGUCCCCUCAUCUUUCCGGCGUUACAGCCCCCGUGGAGAACGCGCCGGCGCCAUCGCAGCUCCCGCUGAUCCCUUUAUCGAGGCUUACGAGUCCAUUUGAAGCUCCAAGAAGGCUUCGUGAGGGAACGAUGCCCUUCCGAAGCUACGAUUUUGCUGACCUAAUGAACCGCUACAAAUUCAUUAUCUCAAGAGAAUUUGAUAUCCGAUAGUGGGAGAUGGUGAUCUCCAGACUUCCACUUUUAGGGGCAUUCUUGGUGACGGCCGGCCAAUUGCUGUGAAAAAGUUCUCCAAUAGGGCAUGGUCAAGCUCCGACCAUUUUCAAGGAUGUGGCAAUUAGAGCGGGAAGUUUCGGGCCACCCUCGACUGGUGCCUUUGAUUGGAUAUAGUUUUGAUGGGCCAUGGAUGUUUCUUGUUGCGGAGUUCAUGCCCAAUGAUUCUCUGGGAAACCAUCUUUUUAAGGCUACUAAAAGGAAGACCAUGGAGUGGUCUAUGCGCUUGAGAGUCGCAUACUAUAUAGCAGAAGCCUUGGAAUAUUGCAUCAAUGAAGGACGUGCUUUAUAUUUCGACCUAAACCCAAAUAAAGUUCUUUUUGAUGAGGCUGGCAAUCCUUGUCUUUCUUGUUUCGGACUCGUAAAAAAUCACCGGGAUGCUAGAUGUUACAGCACUAAUAUUGCUUAUAGGCCUCCAUUGUCCACAGUCGGAUUGAUCACUUGUGAAAGCAUGAUAUACAGUUUUGGCCUUCUGCUACGAGAUCUGCUGACGGGAAAGCAAAUUUCAGAAGAGCAGGCAUUAGAUAUAUCGUUGGGUAAAAAACUCCCUAUGCUUCUCGAUCCUCGUUUGAUGGGUAAAUAUCCGAGAAAUCAGUCAUCAGAUGUAGUGCUCCUUGCUGAACAUUGUAUGCAGUAUGAUCCCGGCAACCGGCCCACUAUACAAGAAGUUGUUGCAGCCCUUGCACAGGUUUUAAGUGAUGAUGUGGGACCAUCCCCCACCAUCAAAGGAGACUCAAAAAAACCAAUUAAAUUCUCAUGCUUUCCGAGUGGUCGAAAGCGAGAUAACUGAUGACGCACUUGACCUUUCUCCACACAAGGUGUACAGCAGCAUCACAUUUCCACAUUUGCCAAAAGCCAAAAUUGAACUGCAGUAAAUCUUUGCAUCAGAAACACCUAUGACUUCAUCAUUUUGAUGCAUCAGUUUUUUGGUUUUUUUUUUCUUUCUAUUUUGAUUGUUGCAUAUAGAUAACUGUGAAUAAUAUUCUCUAAUUGUUGGUGCAUAUAGAUAACUGUGAAUAAUAUUCUCUAACUGUUGGUGCAUAUAGAUAAAUGUGAAUAUGAAUAUUAAAUUUGUGAGCUA